GCCGAAGCAACCCCAAACAACACAGCCCAACAGGGUUUUAUCUCAUAUAUAAUCCAUACUUCAUCACAUUUGCUUAGGGUUUUAUCUUCUUCCUCUCGGCCACCAUCAGCAGCCUCCUCAAGCAAAAAUGGUGAAGGGCAGACAAGGCGAGCGCGUGAGGCUCUAUGUACGAGGAACGAUCUUGGGUUACAAGAGGUCCAAAUCCAACCAGUACCCAAACACAUCUCUAGUUCAGAUCGAAGGAGUUAAUACUAAGGAAGAGGUCUCAUGGUACCAAGGAAAGCGCGUGGCCUACAUUUACAAGGCUAAGGUUAAGGUUAGUGGGUCCCAUUAUCGGUGCAUUUGGGGCAAGGUGAUUAGGCCUCAUGGUAACACUGGGAUUGUUCGUGCUAAGUUCACUUCUAAUCUCCCUCCCAAAUCCAUGGGAUCAAGGGUCAGGGUUAUGAUGUUCCCCAGCAAUAUAUAAGUAUAUCUGGACUGGAGGUAACCAUUUGUUGAGUUGGAAGGUCCUUGCAUGCUCGAUUGAAGAUAGCAGUUUAUUUUGAUAAGACCCUUUUUUAGUGCAAAAUUAGAAUCUUAGACUCGGUUUGAUGUAAUCUCUGCUCUCUGGGUGUUAAGAAGCCUUAUAUUUUUGUUCAUUUUAACUGCAGUCUUUGAAAUAUUGAAUGAGACCAGAUUAUUUACAAGUAUUUGGAAUUUUGGAUC